GUGGCGUGCCGUGGAAACGCGUCGUUCCGGGGGAGGGGCUGUCCCUACCCUUCCUUCCUCAGCCAGGUGACCAAAGGUCACCAGGCCCGACUGCCGCUGCGGGGCGGCCGAGGAGGCGGCACGCGAGGGGGCGGUCCGCGGAGGCUCCUCCCUGGACGGUCGGGCCACGGCCCGGCCCCGGAGGAAGAGCGCAGGCUGGAGCCAGCGGGACCGUUGACAGCUGGUGACAGCUGGCAGGCGCGGGGGCCAAGAGGCGGCAGCGUACUCGGCUCUCCGGUCCGCGAUCCUGGCCGCCUUCAGAGUAAGGGCUGGCUGCUGGCGGGAUGGACAUCCUGGAAGAGGUGAUUUGGGCCAACGGGAGCACAGCCCCGCCCCCACCCGUGGCACCCAACAUCAGCGUGCCACAUCGCUGUCUGCUGCUGCUCUAUGAGGAUAUCAGAACUUCCAGGGUCCGGUACUGGGACCUCCUGCUGCUCAUCCCCAACGUGCUCUUCUUCAUCUUCCUGCUCUGGAAGCUUCCGUUCGCUCGGGCCAAGAUCCGUGUCACCUCCAGCCCCAUUUUUAUCACCUUCUAUAUCCUGGUGUUCGUGGUGGCGCUGGUGGGCAUCGCCCGGGCCGUGGUGUCCAUGACGGUCAGCACCUCGGAUGCUGCGACUGUUGCCGAUAAGAUCCUGUGGGAGAUUACCCGCUUCUUCCUGUUGGCCAUCGAGCUGAGUGUGGUCAUCCUGGGCCUUGCCUUUGGUCACCUGGAGAGCAAGUCAAGCAUCAAGCGGGUGCUGGCCAUCACCACGGUGCUGUCCCUGGCCUACUCUGUCACCCAGGGGACACUGGAGAUCCUGUACCCUGAUGCCCACCUGUCGGCUGAGGACUUCAACAUCUACGGGCACGGGGGCCGCCAGUUCUGGCUGGUCAGCUCCUGCUUCUUCUUCCUGGUCUACUCUCUGGUGGUCGUGCUCCCCAAGACCCCGCUGAAGGAUCGCAUCUCCCUGCCUUCACGAAGGAGCUUCUACGUGUAUGCUGGCAUCCUGGCGCUGCUCAACCUGGUACAGGGGCUGGGAAGCGCCCUGCUCUGCGCCGACAUCAUCGAGGGGCUGUGCUGUGUAGAUGCCACCACAUUUCUCUACUUCAGCUUCUUCGCGCCCCUCAUCUACGUGGCCUUCCUCCGGGGCUUUUUUGGCUCGGAGCCCAAGAUCCUCUUCUCCUACAAAUGCCAAGUGGACGAGACUGAGGAACCAGACAUGCACCUGCCCCAGCCCUACGCAGUGGCCCGGCGGGAGGGCCCGGAGGCGGCAGGGGCUGCCAGCACACAGUUUGACUCGGCCGGUGGGGUGGCCUACCUGGACGACAUUGCCUCCAUGCCCUGCCACACGGGUAGCAUCAACAGCACAGACAGUGAGCGCUGGAAGACUAUCAAUGCCUGAGUGUGGCCACCGUGGUCAGAGGGCCUGCCGGGGCCUGUGGAGGGCAGGCUGGAGAGGAGACCAGGGGGUGCCAAGUCCCUGGGGGAGGAGGACGAGGUCACGGGAACUUCUGUGGGCAGCAGCCCCACGCAGGCCCUGUCUCGCCCUCUGUGCCCCCAGUUGCCUUUAGCCACCUCUGCUCUAACUGGGGCUGCCUCCACCUUCCACCCGCCCUCUCCCUGCUCAGCCGCAUGGCCCAGACUCUAAUCUCUCACGGCCAGGCCUGGCUAGGCUGGCUGAGGGCACCUCCUUUCUCCAAAGCCUGGGCACCCAGGACCGGUCUGGCCCUUCUCAUCCCUCUGCCUCCUCCCUGUGGCGCUUUGGCCUCCUCAAAGCCCACUCCGGCGGGUGGGCUGAAGUGUGUAUAUUUUCUUGAUCUAUUUUUUAAUAAAAAACAAAAGGAGCAGAA